GUUUUUUGGAGUGGGAAAUAUCGUGAAAUAUCUUUCUGAUUUUUUGCUUUAAGUUAAAUAUUUUUGGAAGAAAAUUAAGAUUGAUAUUUCUAAUAUCUAGUGUGUUUUCGUAUUUCUUUAAUACUCAUUGGUUUCUUCCAUAAGCAGUGUCGUUUUGUAUUUAUUUAAAUGAUAAUAAGGGUUUAUUUUGAAACACGCAUCAAUCUUCUUUCCCUCCAUUUUUGUGCAUCCGGGUCAACAGUAUCUUUUUCCGGUGUGAAAACACGCCCACAUACACAAACAGCACGCGUUUCACUCUGGUUUCACUGCAGUCGUGGGUCUUAAAAACCUGCUUUAAUGGGGUCGUGGGGUUUAAAAAAAACCUGCUUUAACGGGGUCGUGUGUCUUAAAUAUCUGCUGUAACUGGUUCCGGAUGUGUCGUUAGCCCGGGAAGGCUCGGGCUGAAACGACCAGGAUGGUGAAGUGUGUCGUCACCGGGUGUCCGAACCGCUCGGUGGACGUUAACCGGGGGGUCUUCAAACCAACACCGAAGAGGUUCUUCGACUUCCCGAAAGACCCCGCUCGGGUUAAGAUUUGGCUGGCAGCACUUCGGGAGACGGACAAAGAUGAGCUGACAGAGCAGCACCAGAUCUGUGAAGACCACUUCCUGCCGGACGACGUCACCAGCAACGGCAUCAACCCUGCUGCCAUUCCCAUCAUGCCCCCCUACCUGGACGGGCAGCUGGGCCUCAUCAGCCCCUGGACGGCCGAGUCCUCGGAGGAGGAGGAGGAGGAGGGGGAGGAGGAGCAGCAGCAGCAGUGGGGGACAGGAGGCUGUGAAGAAGAGGAGGAGGAUGAAGGUGGAGAUGCUGCUGCACCACAGCAGGUGUGGACUCUGUUUUUCUUCGUCUUUCUCUCCGUCUUACAGGAUCACGCUGCAUGUUUUAAAAUCCCUCCAGAGCCUCGGACCACCAGUCCUGCAGCGCCGCAGACCAAACCCUGGAUCAGGUCCAAAGGGGUGAGACAAGACGUGUCUCUGGGCACGCUGACUCGUGGUUUCCUCGAGCUGCUGCAGUCGUCUCCUGACGGCUGCGUGGACAUCCAUCAGGCGAUGAUGAGGCUUCAGACGCGCCGCCGCCGAGUCUACGACAUCACCAACGUCCUGGACGGCAUCAACCUCAUCGAGAAACAGUCCAAGAACAAAGUCAAGUGGACAGGUCGCUGCUCCAUCUCCAGCCUGGCCAACCUGCAGAAGCUGAAGGAGCUGGAGAACCUGAAGCAGGUGGAGGACGCGCUGGACGGCCUCAUCAAAAGCUGCGCCCGGCAGCUCUUCGACAUGACAGACGACGCCAAAAACGCCUCGGCCUACGUGACCCUGGAGGACGUGAGCCGGCUUCCAGCAUUCCACGAUCAGACGGUGAUCGUGGUCAAAGCUCCGGAGGAAACCAAGCUGGAGAUCCCCGCUCCCAGAGAGGAUGUCAUUCAGGUCCACCUGAAGGCCAUGCGGGGGUCCGUCACGGUGCUGACCUGCGAGGUGGACUCGGGAGGAACCUCCAGCCCGGAGCCCGGAGAGAUAAGGAAACAUUUUGAAAAGCUGGAGGAGAGCCGGAUCAAGACGAGCCGGCUGCACACAGAGUCUUCAGGUCCUCAGAGUGCCGUGAAGAGUGCAUAACCAUCAGAAGACCACCAGGGGGCGCCAGAGCUCAGGACUCAAACCCUGGAAACGUGACGAGGAGCUGGAUCAGACCACCUGCAGGCUCCAAACACGGCCCAGAGGGCAAAGGUCAGGGACUGAAUCAGCUGAGACAACACCUAGCAGCCCCGACCUGUCACUCAAAGAGGCCACGCCCCCUAACUACAUCACAGAUCUACAGACCCAAACUGUUUAACAUGGAGCUCUAUGGGGACUGACUCACUGCAGGAGACAGACUCUAGUGGACACUGGAGGAACUGCAGCUGUAAAGUUAGACAUUUUAACAUGGAGCUCUAUGAGGACUGACUCACUGCAGGAGACAGACUCUAGUGGACACUGGAGGAACUGCAGCUGUAAAGUUAGACAUUUUAACAUGGAGCUCUAUGAGGACUGACUCACUGCAGGAGACAGACUCUAGUGGACACUGGAGGAACUGCAGCUGUAAAGUUAGACAUUUUAACAUGGGGCUCUAUGAGGACUGACUCACUGCAGGAGACAGACUCUAGUGGACACUGGAGGAACUGCAGGUUUUCUUGCUUUUGGCUUCAUCUGUCAGGAAUAUCGGCUCCAAUAGAAACAUUAUUUAUGGACGGUUAAAAAUAAAGUACAGUUUUUAUAAAAUAACAUGA